GUGCAGCAGUUUUUAAAUAAAUAAAACAAUAUUUUACUCAUCCUCAUUAAUUAAUUCGUUUUCGAUGGUUUAACAGCUGAUAUUGGAAAUAGUUCUUCAUUAAUCUCAUUCAUAAAGCAUUCACAAACAAUCGAAUCUUCUUAAUUUAAUUAAUCGUCGUAGAUAUUUAAGAUAAAAGUGAAUUUUUCAAAAAGUCAAUAAAAAUGCGAGGUCAAAUUAGUUCAAUUUUAAGAAAUUAUUCAUUUCUCUUGACUAAGCACUCAAGCUAUGGAUUUAGGCAGGCUGAGGUACUUAAUAGGUCAAUUCAUCCAUCAUUUCAAAGCUUUAGGAUGAUGUCAUCUAAUGAGAGGUCUAAUGAUCCAAUGAAUUUGACGACUGACAAAUCUAACUAUGAAGCAACAGCUGGAACUAUGAAAGAUGUGAAAUUAAAGAUUAUCGAGAAAAUGGGCUUACAAUUUGGAUAUAAUCCAUUACAGCAUAGCCGUGAACAUCUUAUGCAAUACACCCCAAAAUCUAUAGAUGAAUUACCACCAAGAUCAAUGCAAGACAGCUUUACUUCUGCUAUAAUUCCACUGUCUACAGACGUUAAAUUGCGUGAAAAAUAUGUCGGAUUUUUAGGAAGCCUUAGAAUCGGUAGAUUAAUGGAAGACAUGGACUUAUUCGCAGUCUGGGUUGUUCAUCAACAUGUUUUAGUGCCAAAUUUACAGCCUGGAAUCCCAUUGCCUUACACUUUUGUGACAAUUUUAGUCGAUAAAAUUGAUUUUACUGAAAUUGAUGGCAAGCCUGAUGCUGAUAUUCGUCUAUCAGGUCAUGUUAGUUGGGUUGGAAAAACAUCUGUUGAAGUAGUCGUUUGGCUUGAACAAAGACGCACUGGAAAGUGGAGAAAAAUUACUAGAGCAUUAUUCUUAAUGGCUGCACGCGAUCCCUGUAAUAUUAAAUCAGCUGUUGUUAAUCCACUCGUUCCAGGCAAUGACGAAGAAAAGAUGAUUCUUGAUAGUGGUGAAAGUAGAAAGAAAAGGCGUCAGGCAAUACAGCAAUUUGAUUUACUUAAAACGGAACCGAAUGCAUAUGAAACGAAACUUAUUCAUGAUUUAUUUAUUAAAACGAUCGAUACGAAGUCGAAAGCAUUCAACAAGAGAAUCUUACCACCUGGUUGCGUAUGGAUGGAAGAUGCUGACUUAAAUAAUAUUAUUUUUUCACAUCCAGAAGACAGGAACAACCAUAAUAAGAUUUUUGGUGGAUUUUUAAUGAGACAUGCACUUGAACUAUCUUGGGCUUUAGGCUAUAGCUUCUCCAAACGUCGUCCAAAAUUGGAACAUAUUUCUGAUAUUAAUUUUAUCAAGCCUGUCGAUGUCUCAUCACUUAUCUCUAUGAAUGCACACGUCCUUUAUACCGAAUUAAAUUAUAUGGAAAUUGUAGUCAUCGCAGAAGUUUAUGAUCCAGUCAGCGGUUCACAAUCUACAACAAACUCAUUCUACUUUACUUACUCAGUUGCUGACACGUUACCACAGGUCAUACCUAAGACUUACCAUGAAGCUAUUUGGUAUAUCGAUGGCAGACGAAAGUUUAGACAUAUUAUGGAAUUAGCAGUUACUCCUUAAAUAAUCAGUGCAAUAUUUAUUGAUAUUCAUGACAUUUAUGUGCAGCUUUACUUAUAUUUGCACAAGUAUUUUAUGUAUUUAACAUUUUUAACUUCCCUAUAUGUUGAUUUUUUUUAUGAAUUAAUAUAAUUAACCGC